UCCAAUACUUCAGUAAGGUAUGAUGGCGGACGGUGUAGAGGAUCAUCUAGGAGUGUCUUCACCUAAAGUCACUCCUGGCGAGGCUGUAGGAGAUGAACUAAAGGAUGAUACUCCUGGGGUGAGCGGGGAGGUUAUGCUGGUCAACACAGACAGUUUUGAGGAGUGUCACCAUGAACUGGACACUCAGUUUAGUGGUGGUGAGGAUGGUCCGGUCCCUAACUCCCCCAUCAGGAAGGUCCAGCAGGAACAGAUUUUAACACAGGAAAAUGAACUUGUUGGAGGAAUGGGCAAGGUAGCUGUGACAGAGGAUGAAGACAAAACCGACUCAGAAGACAGACUACAAGAACUGGUCCCUUCAGCCGCAUACGUUGAGGAGGAAAAUCUCGACGAAGAGUAUCUGCAAAACCCAGAAUGGAUCCGGAAGGAGAAACAUGUCUUUAUUUUGAGUGAAUCGGGCAAACCUAUUUACACUAGAUAUGGGAAAGAAGACAGAUUAGUGACACUGUUUGGGCUGAUGCAGGCACUCGUAUCCUUUGUGGCGGACAGUGAUGAUGUGAUUCGGUGCAUCGUUGCGGGAGACCACAAGUUUGUGUUUUUAGUGAAGUCUCCUCUAAUACUGGUGGCCGUAUCUCACUCUGUUGCGAGUAUAGCACAGCUUCUAAUGCAGCUUACGUAUGUCCAGAAUCAGAUUGUCAGUGUACUAACAGCUUCUGCCCUGACACGAAUGUUUGAAAAGCGACGCAAUUACGACUUCCGUCAUUUAUUAGGAGGAACUGAUCGAUUACUGGACAACUUGUUGAACAUGUUGGACUCUCAUCCUUCUUUCCUCCUGGGAGCCAUUCAGUGCCUCCCACUGGCUACCUCUGUCCGGGACACUAUUACACAGACCAUCAUCCAGUACUGCUCCAAGAUUAAGAAUCUGGUGUUUGGUUUAAUCAUCUGUCAGAAUCAACUCAUCUCUCUUGUCCGUAUGAAGAAAUUCCUCCUCCAUCCAGCAGAUCUACAUUUACUGUUUAACCUUGUAAAUGCCACUGAGUCUUUGAAGACAAGUGAGAACUGGAUGCCCAUCUGUUUGCCCAAGUUUGACCCAAAUGGAUACUUAUACGGCCAUGUUUCAUACCUGGCGGAUGAUUGUGAGGCCUGCCUCUUAUUGCUCUCCGUCGACAGAGAGCAGUUCUUCACACUGUCUGAGGCAAAACAAAAGAUUGUUGAUCGGUUGCGGAGACACCAUUGUCUAGAAGGAAUAAAUACGGCAAUUCGUACAUCUUUUUACACGGUGAAGGCAAUUGGGGCACCUGAACUAAGACACUUCCUCUACAAGUCCAAGACAACUGCACAGUUCACUUGCCCAGAGUACACAGCUCCGUAUCACACAGAGGCGGAGCAGCGACGUCUGUUUGGGUUGUAUCAGCUGCUACACCACCGUGUACACUCAGUGUCUAGACCUCUGAAAAUGGUCUAUAUGGUCAUGGACACACAGACUCUCUUGGGAUGGGUAACGAGGGAGUUUGAGUUGUAUGCUGCAUUAGAGCCGCUGGUGACCAAGCAUAAUGCAAUUAUCUAUGUCAAUAAACUGCUUAGAUGGAUCAAAUCUGAUGAGAACAAAUUGUUCAUACUGAACUCUCCUACAUUUUAACUUAUUACAUUUUGUGUCCAUUAAUGUACGUUAGUACAAACUUGAUCUCCUUUCCUUAAUUUCUUUAUUGUCUACAGUUUAUUUGUAUUUAACUUAAAAAUCUAAGACAUUUGUAAAUAGAUGUAUGCAUUGCAAAGUUAAUUUUAUGAGAAUAUACAUUCCCAGAUAA